GAUGAGCACUCCUUAUUACAAUCUAUUAACCAAGUAGAUACGUCGCUCCCGAGACCCGUGAAGGGCGGCAGGCGUACUGGCUGGUGGUGUCCCGUCGGCUCCACAACACCCUACUGAAGAAAAUUUGGAUUAAACUCAGCUGUAUCAUAGUCGAGUGUGUUGAGGAUCAGUGAAGCAGCUCUGUACUCUGACACAAGAGGCUCACUAUACCACAUCUUCAAGAUGGCUGAGACAGUCUGCUCUGCCCCGGUGGACGUAAACAAUGCAAGUGGUAUCGGUCUUCGCUGGAAUAUUAAGGAUCUGGAAAUAAGGACCAGAUCACUUGAGAAGGCGCUGGAGCCCCUCGUUAUACAGGUAACCACACUUGUCAACACGAAGGGACCGUCAAAGAAGAAGAAAGGCAGGAGUAAGCGAGCCCAUGUGUUGGUGGCGGCUGUUGAGGCAGCCACGACUAACUUUAUCAAGGGAGGAGAAGAAAUAGCAGAAGAGAACCCUCCUAUUAGGGACGAAAUGCUCGCUGCUGUCGAUGAAGUUAAAAAAGCAGGGAGCAGCAUGUCAGGCGCUGCCCGGCAGUUUGCUGAAGACCCGUGUGCCAGUGUCAAGCGGGCCAACAUGGCCCAGGCCGCCAGGACUCUCCUCUCUGCUGUUACUCGCCUUCUGAUCUUGGCUGACAUGGUGGAUGUUCAUCUUCUUUUGAACAGUGUGCAUGUGGUAGAGGUUGAUAUAGAAAAUAUGAAGCAUGCAUCAAGCCAAUCACAGCUUCUAGAUAACUUCCAUUUGUUUGAUAAAAGCACAAAGGAGCUGCUGCAGCUCGCAGCCAGGCGUCAGCAUGAGCUUAAGGAUCCAAGACUUCGUGACGAAUUGGCCUCAGCACGAGCAAUAUUGAAAAGAAACUCCACCAUGCUUCUCACUGCUUCCAAGGCAUAUGUCAGACAUCCCGAGCUGGCAGCAGUCAAAGCCAAUCGAGACUUUGUGUUGAAACAAAUGUGUGAAGCUGUGAACACUAUCAGCGAUGUUGUGCAGGACAAGGCUACAGCAGCACAUCAGGCACCCGGUGAACGUUCCGGAGGACUUGCCUCGGCUCUUGAUGACUUUGAUGGACUCCUGAGUGUGGACCCACUGACGUAUACUGAGGUUAGCACACGACUGUCUCUGGAAGAAUGUUUAGAGUCCAUUAUGAGUGAAGCGGCGCUGAUGGCUGACUCCUGUACACGAGAUGAUCGCCACCACAAGAUCGUGAAGGAAUGUGAUGCAGUGAGACAAGCACUACAAGAUCUUCUUAAUGAAUACAUGGACAAUAUGGGUUGCAAGGAGCCCUCAGACGAUUUGAAUAAAGCUGUUGACCUGGUGGGUCGCAAGACAAAGGAUUUGCGGCGUCAGCUGCGUAAAGCUGUUGUUGAUCAUGUGUCAGACAGCUUCCUAGAGACAACUGGACCACUUCUCGCCCUGGUGGAAGCUGCGAGGAAUGGUGAUGAGGAGGAAGUAGAAGAAUGUGCCAAGGUGUUUUCUGUGCAUGCUAAUAAGUUAGUGGAAGUGGCCAACCUGGCAUGCACAAUGUCCACCAAUGAAGAUGGUGUGAAGAUGGUCAGAUACAGCGCCACCCAGACUCAACUGCUCUACCCGCAAGUUAUUAAUGCUGCCACCAUCCUCUCAGCUAGACCUAAAUCUAAGGUAACACAAGAGAACAUGGAGGCCUUCAAGGACGCUUGGGAAAACCAAGUUCGCAUCUUAAUUGAUUCAGUUGAUGACAUAACAACGAUCGAUGAUUUCCUAGCAGUUUCAGAGAGUCACAUACUGGAGGAUGUGAGGAUGUGUGUACGAGCAAUCAAUGACGGAGAUCCAGAAACUCUUGAUCGCAUAGCAGGAGCGAUCAGUGGGCGCUCAGCGCGUGUCUGUCAUGUUGUUGCUUCAGAAAUGGAUAAUUAUGAGCCCUGCAUGUACACUGAGCGAGUGUCUGAGGCUGUGAAAGUAUUGCGAGACCAGGUGCUGCCCAACUUCGCCCAACGUGUGGACGUGACUUUGGAAGCUUUAGGCAACACAACAGAUAAAGAGGUGGAUGAAAAUGAGUUCAUAGAUGCAUCACACCUGGUGUACGAUGGGGUGAGAGACAUCCGCAUGGCUGUGCUGAUGAACAAAACUGCUGAUGAGGUUGAUAUGGAUGAUGAUCUUGUCGACCACUACAACACUCUUGAUGAUCUGACGUCAUCGAGUAGUCACACAGGAGACAUAAGUGGUCCAGCAGUAGAAGCAAGUGGUCCAACAGUAGAAGCAAGUGGUCCUGCAGUAAAUGUCAGUAUUGAUGAGUACCCGGGUGUGAGAGGCGUCACCACAGCCAGGGACGCCAUGAGGAACCUCAGUGAAGAAGACAAGAACAAAAUUGCUGCGCAGGUUGAAAACUUCCGCUUGGAGAAGGUGAAGUUUGACCAGGAAGUUGCUAAAUGGGAUGACACUGGCAAUGACGUAAUUGCCUUAGCAAAAUAUAUGUGCAGGAUCAUGAUGGAGAUGACUGACUUUACAAGAGGUCGUGGUCCCCUGAAAACUACCAUGGAUGUUAUUCAUGCCGCAAAGAAAAUCUCUGAAGCAGGAACCAAGCUGGAUAAGCUGUCUAAAGAGAUCGCUGAUCAGUGUCCAGAGUCAAGAACUAAGGAUGACAUGCUGGCUUAUCUGGACCGUAUUGCUCUAUAUUGCCACCAGAUGAACAUCACCUCCAAGGUCAAGGCAGAUGUGCAAAAUAUCUCUGGUGAACUCAUUGUAUCUGGGUUGGAUUCUGCCACAUCAUUAAUUCAAGCAGCCAAGAAUCUGAUGAAUGCUGUGGUGUUGACAGUGAAGUGUUCGUAUGUAGCUUCAACCAAGUAUACCCGCCAGGGAACCAUUGCUUCCCCCAUUGUUGUUUGGAAGAUGAAGGCUCCUGAGAAGAAGCCAUUAGUGCGACAAGAGAUAACAGAGUUGAAAGCUGCAGUCCGUAAAGGCAGUCAGAAGAAGCAUGUCUCUGCCUUCAAAGUUCUUGGAGAGUUUCAAAGUCCAACAGAUGCAAUUUAGAGCAUCUUUUUUUAUCUAUAGAUUUUUUAACUUUUAAGUGUGGAUUGUAAAUUGUCUGAGAAAUUAAAUUUAAAGCUGGUGCAAGGCCCCCCUCCAGUGUCACCUUGUUGAUAUGAGGGGGCACACGUACAACUCCCUGGAGUCGGUGAGGGUUGCUGUAUCUCCUCCUCCUAUCCCUUUCCAAGCAUUGUACAUGCUAAGGUACACACCCAUAGGGAUCUUGUUUGGGUCAACAGACCACCCACUGGAGGGGCCCACCCAUGAGGGGUGGUUAGGUAUCCAGGCUGGGGCGAAAGGAAGAAAGAGGUCUUUGCACCUAUGUGGGAGAAUGUACAAUGCAGUAGGACGCCUUUUGUUAAAAAAGAGGGAGCACCAUUUGGAACGACGCACCCCCUUCCUGCACUGGCCAAUGCUCGGCCUCCCUAGCUACCCUGUUAAGUGGUAGCCCUUGGCUCCGAGACCCAAACUUUUCAAAUUAAAGCUGAAUGGACACCAAACUGACUUCUCUAUACAGGCUUGUGAGGUAUGUGACCAGGAUCCCCCCCUUCCCUCUUUCCCAGUUGGUUGGUGAUGGAAGAUCGGGCUACAUUCAGCCCAUACCAGGCUCCUUUGUUGUUGA